UUUUUUUCCUCCUCCCCUCUUUUUUUUUCUCCCCCCCCUUUUUUUUCUUUCUUUCUUUCCUUUUUGCACCCACUUUGCUGGCGCUCCCCAGCAGCAAGCAAGCAAGCAAGCAAGCAAGCAAGGGCGGCGGGAGCUUCGAUUGCAACCCCGGGGAGAAGAGCCGCUGCUUUGCAAAACUCGGCCUGGGGGGUCCCCCUCCCCAAUCCCUCUUUCCCGACCACCCCCCACCAAAAGAAACCGCGAUCUUCCGCCCCCCCCCCAAAGGACAACGAAGCGCCCCACCACCACAAUCCACACCCACCAUGGCGAAAUGAACCUCCCCGCCAACGCCGCCUCUGCCUCUCUUUCUCCCGGCUCUCUAAGAUGGAGCAAGCAGCAAACUAACAAAGAAACAAGCCAGCUUGGGCCUUGGUGGGAACCAACCAUCAUGCUAGUUUAAUGGACCGAAUGCCGGCCGGUUGCAACGGAGAUUUUUACAGCUUUGCAGAGGAGAAGGUAGCUGUGUCCAGUUGGGUGGCAGGCAGACCCAAGGGGUACCAUGAAGUUUUCAGGACCCUUGCAGAGCGAGAGGUUGUCCGUCCUCCUAGAGAUGGCAAUCUCUAGGGAAGCUCAGAUGUGGAAGGUGUACCUGCCCAGAUUUCAGCCCAAUCAGGAUGCAGGCAUUUCUCCAACCCAGCGGGACGAAGUGAUUCAGUGGCUGGCCAAACUCAGAUGCCAGUUCCACCUUUAUCCGGAAACACUGUCUCUGGCCGUUUGCCUCUUGGACAGGUUUUUAGCUGCCGUGAAGGCUCGCCCAAAGUACCUGAACUGCAUUGCGAUCAGCUGCUUCUUCCUCGCCACCAAGACCAUUGAGGAAGAUGAGAAGAUUCCAGUGCUGAAGAUCUUGGCCAGAGACAGUUUUUGUGGCUGUUCUCCAGCAGAGAUUCGCAGAAUGGAGAAGAUUAUUCUGGAUAAGUUGAACUGGGAUCUACACAUGGCCACUCCGUUGGAUUUCCUUCACAUUUUCCACGCAGUUGCCUUGUCCAGCAGGCCUCAACUGCUGACCAGCCUGCCCAAGGUGAAUCCGUCCCAGCACGUUGCUUUGCUGACCAAGCACUUACUGCAUUGUCUAGCCUGCUACCAACUCCUUCAGUUCAAGGGCUCCAUGUUGGCCCUGGCCAUCGUGAGCCUGGAAGUGGAGAAGCUGAUUCCUGAUUGGCUGGCUCUCAUCAUCGAGCUGCUCCACAAGGCACAGAUGGACAGCUCCCAGCUGAUCCACUGUCGGGAGCUAAUAUCCAAGCACCUUUCCACACUGCAGCCUCCUCUGCUGCCCAACUCGGUCUACGUCUACAGUCCCCUCAAGCACAACCUGGUGACUUGCCCUGCGGGGGCCUUCCGAUUCCACGCCCCCGUGGUCCCAGUCCCCGAUUGGCAGGACAACAGCAACAGCAAGCUUGUUGCGCCAGCCAAAGGAUCCGCCUUGCUCUGCCGCCGCCGCCGGCUCCCUCCCGGCCGGUGCAAGCCUGCGACGGCCAAGCGCAAAGUGGAAGAGAUGGAGGUGGACGACUUCUACGACGGGAUCAAGCGGCUGUACAACGAAGAGAAUCCUCUGGAUGGCGGGGAAGGGAAGGCUGCCCCCGGGUGUGGCGUUGACGUCCCGUGGCAAGGAGGCAGCAUUUCUCCCUGCCCUCCAUUGAAGCCCGUUUCUGUCAUGUAAGUCCAGGGUUCCUCAAACUCCAGCAACUUGGAAGAUAUGUGGACUUCAACUCCCAGAAUUCCCCAGCCAGCUCGGAGUUGAAGUCCACACAUCUGCAAGUUGGUUAGGUUGAGAAACACUGCUGUAGUCCUAUGUCUCCAUGCGCCUUUGGUGGAAAGGCUGUUCGUGCAGAUGUAACAUCCAGGCCUUUUGGGCUAAUGGAGGGAAGGCCGUACCUUAAUCAAGUUACGCAGAAGGGAGCUAGCUAUCCUUUUUUUAAAAAACAAAAACAAAAUAUAUUUCCCCCUUUUCCCCUGGUUUUCCUUUGGCGGCUAAUGAUAGUUUUAACCGUUCUCAAAGUUCAACUUUUGAUUUUAAGUCCCUUUAAAAUAAAAUAAAAAAAGACCCCCAAAACCAACCAAAAAAACUUAAAAAACUAAAAAAACCAAACCCAGUAGCAAAAAUUGUUUCUGUAGUGUUGUUCGUUUCCAUCGUUUUCGAUCGACUGUUGUGUAUUGUAAUCUCAUGUAUUGUUUUUUGAAGAAUUGACACGGCGUGUGCCGAAUGCUUUUUUCAGAUUUCUGACUGUGUUCUCUCUCCUUCCAAAUUCCCUCCCUUUUUCUAAAACUUCUCUUAAAAACAAUUUCGCCAAACUUCUCUUAAAAGCAAUUUCCAAAUUGUAUGACUUCCAAGUAUGGGGUUUUUUUUUUUUUUUUGCACUUUUAUUUUGGGAUAAGAUUCCCUUGAUAAUCUUUCACGCCUUCUCUUUUGUCGACUCUUCUCUUCUUUUCUGUCAUUUCUCCCACUUUUGGUCUUUUCGACAACGGUAGCUCAAACUGAAAACUUGCCUUUAAAAAUUAAUAUUUUCCUUUUCACGAAAAAGAACCUUUGUAUACAUCUGUUCUAUUUGUAGGAAGCAAAAACGGAUGCUCAAGAAGGGUGGCUCUGUUUGGUUUGGGAAAGGGUUAUUAAGCUGCACAAUAACUUUAAUGACUUUAAUUUUAUAGAAAACCACUGUGGGGCUGACCAAACCAAAACAUAACGCCUUCCUUUUGUGUUUUUAUAUCUACAGAAAAAAAGUUUUGUUGUGCAUCAAAUGCAAAAUAUAAUGAAAUGAAAGAAAUGGUGGGCAUUGUUAAGCACCUGUGUCCUUUGGGCCAUUUUGUAGCUUGGUGUAUAAAUGAUCUUAGAUUUCCCCCUUCCCUUAUGUUUUCUCCCUGACCUUUUAUGUUUGUGUAAAUUUACAACUUUUAAGACAGGGACAAAAAA